AAGAAAAAAUCAACGAGCGCGUUUCUUAUUUUAAAUCACAAAAACCCUUCUCUUUGUUUCCACACACACAAACUAUGUGUCCCACCGGAACUUCUCUAUGGCCGGCCAGAAAUAUCUCCGACCUACGCUCCGCAUUUGAGGUUCUUGACGUCGAUCGUGACGGAAAGAUCAGCCGUGAAGAUCUCAAGACGUCUUAUGCAGAUGCUGAUGAUGACGUUAUCGGGACGAUGAUGACGGUAGCCGAUGCGAACCAGAACGGUUACGUCGAAUACGAUGAGUUCGAGAAGGUCUUGAGGAGUAACAACAAUGGCAGCGGCGGCGUGAUGGAGGAUGUGUUUAAGGCUAUGGACGGAGACGGUGACGGAAAAGUAGGGUACGGAGACCUUAGGAGUUAUCUCCUUUCGGCCGGAUUUGAAGUCAACGAUGAUGAAAUCAAAGCGAUGAUUAGAUUGGGAGGCGUAGACGGUGAUACCGAGGGUGUGACGUUCGAAGGAUUUCUCAAGAUACUGGCCGUUUGAUUAUUCAAUUGGUUACGAUGACGAUGCCGACAAAAAUGUAAGGGUUUCAGCUUAUGGCCUCUGUUCAUUUCCCCUUUUUUGUAGAACAUACUGAAAUUACACCUAUUUCUCCGUCGAAAAACUGGAAUUGUCAAUUGAAUUUGAUAAUUUGUUCAUCGAGGUUCUCAUUUUUGUUGUUUUUCGUGAAUGGUUGAAAGCUAUGACAAUAAAUUCCCUGAGAAUCAAUUCCAAAGUUUGCUUG